CAAUGAUCCGUGCUGUGGAAACUCUGAUCCGUGCUGUAACAGUACUGACCCGUGCUGUGGAAACCCUGAUCCGUGCUGUGGAAGCACUGAUCCGUGCUGUGGAAACCCUGAUCCGUGCUGUAAUAGCAGUGACCCAUGCUGUGGAAGUAGUGAUCCAACUUGUCCAACGCCACCACCCUGCUCUAACGUUACAUGUCCAGCACCCGCAUGUCCUAACAGUGAAUGCAAAGCAUCGCCACCAUGCUGCUCAACGAACGGCUUACCAGCGUACUGUAAUGAUCCAAAAUGUCCACCGGCGACGUGUACUUAUACUGAUACCUGUCCAACACCUACCCCAGCACUCCCUUGUUCUAAUGCAGACUGCACGCUAACACCCCCGUGCUGCAACAAUACAUUACCAGCAACGUGUUCUAGUCAAUGCUCUACUACAAGUACUUCAAAUUACACUUCUACUACUACGUCUACUCCUCCACCUUCUACGUCUACUCCUCCACAUACUACUUCUACUCCUCCACCUACUACGUCUACUCCUCCACCUACUACGUCUACUACUCCACCUUCUACGUCUACUCCUCCACCUACUCCACCUAAUUCUCCACCUGCUUCCUCUAGUUUUAACACAAGAGUGGAAAUAUGGGUGAAAAUUUUGACCAUAGUUGCCUCAGUUGUUAUUG